AUGGAGGUUACCGGGCUUCUUUUAGGGAUUCCCGGGCUAGUCGGUCUGCUCAUCGAGACGAGUCUCCAAGGAUACGCAGUUUUCUCCGAUGUUCGGGCGCUCGAUGAGGACUUCCGCCAUUACCACAACCUGUUCUGCCUAGAGGAGCAGAGUUUGAAGGAUUGGGUGAGGCGAUUAGCAGAAUUCACAGCUGGGCGCCAACUUGAGGAAGUCCUCGAGUCGGAGAACGAUCGGUAUAAGCUUAUCGUCAAUACGGCUGCCGAAAUCGCACAUCUUUUCGCCAGUAUCGAGAGUAUGGGAAGCGCAUACGGCUUGUGGAUUGAGGGCCAGCCUCCGACUUCGGCCGGGUCGCCCAUCCCAAGAAUCCUGAUAACCCCGGAGGGCAAACACCGAGAACGCGGCAGACCCAAAAGCUUCUCGAUCCAUAACAAAUUUCGGAAAUUGGUUGGGAGGUCACCAUCAAAACCGAGAGACGAAAAAUCGACCGAUAUAACGGUAGUCAAAAGGACAGCCUCUACCGCCAGCCUAUCCUCUCAUCCGGCACCAUUUGCUCCCGUGAUUUCGGACGCGACGAUCGUUGAACAGAUCGCACAAUCAGCAGUCGGCUUUGACAGAAAGAUAUCCUCAUACAAGCAGUGGAAAUGGGCUGUCUCGGACAAGGAAAAGUUUGGUACUCUUAUUCGUCGACUCAAAGAAUACAACGAAGGUCUAUCCAAGAUCACCAAACCCCUCUUCGUACCACCCGUGAACAAGCCAUCCACGAACAAGACUCGUUCUUUCGACGAAUUCCAGCUUCCAGUGGAGCUACCGUUUCUCAGAAACGAAUUCUUCUGUGGCCGAGACGAGGCGAUCGAACGGAUUCACGCGAUAUUCCAUCCGGCGAAAUCCGAGGCAGAUGUGACUUCUUCCACCUCUACCGCGAGGCGGUUGAUCGCUCUACAUGGCUUGGGAGGUAUCGGGAAAACGCAAAUAGCUCUGGAGUAUGCCCUCCGCUACGAGCAGUUAUACAGCGCGAUUCUAUGGGUUGAUGCAAAGGACCGGGGAGCUUUGGAGUCGAGCGGUGUCAGGGUUCUCCAGCAGCUAGUACAUCAUUAUGCUACCGAAUUUUCCCCGAAUCCCGAUUACGUACGCCUCGCCAAUGAUCUGGGAGUCCCAGGCGGUAUUGAUCCUUCUGGCAAUAUCAAUCAGGAGGCGGUCGGCAAUCCCGACUUGGUAUGGAAAAGCGUUAGGCAAUGGCUUCAAAGAAGGGGAAAUUCGAGAUGGUUGCUUUUAGUCGACAACCAUGAGGACUUCGAGGCGGUCAACAUCUCGAGCUACCUUCCAAACUCGAACUGGGGCAGCAUAAUCGUAACAUCUCGUCGUUCGGAAACCCAAUUACUUGGUCAUUCGGUUUCGGUUACUGAGAUGGAGAAAGACGUUGGCCGUGAACUGCUGACCAAGAUUAUACGCGAUGACGGCGAAGAAUUGACAGCGACAGAAAUCAAGGACGCAGAGGAAGUUGUGGAAAAACUUGGGGGACUCCCUUUGGCAAUCAACCAAGCUGCAGCGUACAUCGCAAUGACAUAG